AAACGUGGCCUAAAAUAUGUUUUGAACUCAAUUCCAUGGAAUUGCAUGGAAAAUCUUUCCUUGUCUCCCCAGGAUACUGAUUCCACGGAAACACUUUCCACGAAACUGUUUCCUUUCCCUGCUAUCAAACGCAGCCUAAAUUGCUAACGUGUCUAAUUUCGAAAUCUAUAAUCACAACCGGGUUGAUUCCGGUUCAUCUAGUCAUGGUUGCCGACACCUCUAGUCAAAGGCACCAUUACCAUUAGAGCACUUGUUGAACCAAACCAGGACCCCAGCAAGAACGGGCUAUUUUUGUUCAUGUACUAAUAAAAGCCCAUGGCCCGCAAAGAACAACAUUAACCACAUCACUAGCUUUUUCUCUUUCAGAAAGAAGAAAAAUGGUCGUCACCACUUUUCAUCUCUUCCAAGAAGAUAAAAACAGAGAAAAUGAUUUACAGAAGAUGGAGUUUGUUAACAGGACCACCUGCAAUCAUCGGAGGUGUCGCCGCGGCCGUCGUCGUUGCUAGUUUUGUUCUUCCAAAUCCAUUUGUCAAGGAUCAGAAGAAACAAGAUUCGUCAUCCUCCAAGUAGAUGCAAAGUCGAGAGAUGAGAUGAUAUUAGGGAGCAAGAGAGAUUCAGCAUUUUCAAUGUUUUCUUAGCUUGUUGUAUUUGGCCCGUGGACCUUAGUUGAAAUAAAUAACUUACUGGGAUGUAACUGGAUCAGCAGAACACCACUCAAAACCAUUCCAUUAUAUUUAUGGCUAUUGCAAACGGGAAGUGGAACUUCUGUGGCAGCAAAAACCAAACUAGUUGGAGCUAGAGACAGUGGGCUAGCAGAGGAGUUCGCAUCAUCUCUGCAUCAGAAGAGACUAGAUAAGCCAAAAAAUAGGUCGAUCAAGGGUAACAAAAAAUAUCCUGAAAAAGCAGGUCGGUAAUGGUGACCCCCGAGAAUUUCAGCUGCACACGUGAUUCUGGCCCAAAAAAAAAACUUAUGUCGGGCAGUAGAAGUUAACUAACUAGAGAAAUAUCAUCCUCAAUUUCUUUGCUUAAUUCAGUACAUACACAUACACCCAUUUUUGAUCUUCUUUUACCUAUUUAAACCGCAGCGAUAUUCAGCUCUCAAUACCAACUCAAAAACUCAAAAGAAAGAAGAAAAAUCUCAGCACAUUUCAAGUAACUUACAAUGGCAACAAUCAGUUUUGCAAAGAGUGCUGCAGUAAUGAACAUCUCCGGUUCAUUCCCUCAAACCUCGUCAGUAUCAUCUGGCAAAGUCUCUAGAGUUAGCUUCGCCUCAAAUUUCAAUGAAAGAAACAUAGCAGCUAGACAAAUGAAGUGCAGAGCAGAACCUUCAGCAGCUGGUUCAGCAGCGGACAAAAUAGACGAGGGCAUUGCAAAAGCAACAGAAUUGUCUGAUGAUGCAAAAGCAAAAGCCACAAGAGAUUUCGAUGAAGCCAGUGCGAAAAAAACCGAAUUAGAAGCCGAUGCUAAAGCUGAAGCGGAGAAAGUUAAAGCCGGUUUAGUAGAUGCAGGAGAGAAAGCCAAAGAAAAUGUGGACGGUGCAUUUGAAGCUGCUAAAGAUAAAGCAGAAGCCAUCAAAGAUGCAGUUCUUGGCAAAGAAUGAAAAAAUAGAUGAUACUCUGCUUGUGUAAUAAUAGCCUUUUUAUUCAAUUGACAACUUCAAAUAAGUCUUGCAACAUUGAAAUCUAAAGAGUUCAGGUGCAAA